GGACACGUAUAGAGUGCCCAACCGAAUCUCAUUCCUUCGUAUAAAAAUAUCUAAGGCAAACGAGUAAGAAAAAAACAAUAAUGCGUAGAAUCGAGGGGGAAUGAACAAAUAAUCGCCUACAAGAUUAUUCAAGUGCGUGCAUGAAUCAAAUCCUUUGCUAUUGAAUCUCAUUGCAAGGUCACUUUGUUGGCUAUUUUAAUUUUAUUUGAAAUAGGGUUCAUUAAGUGGAUUUAAUUCAUAGUCUCCGACGAUGGAAAACAAUGGUAUAAAAGCAGAAUUUCGUAAGCCCUCUUCUGAAACAGCUGGCAGAAAGUAUAGGCGUCGUUCUUCUGUUAGUGGGUCGUCAUCUGAUGAAAGUCCUAAACGAGACCGUAGUUCUAGUCCAAAGCUCUUGAGAGAUGAUGCUUCAAAACAUUCUGAACGGAAACCAAGAAGGAAAGAGGAUGAAAGGGAUUUGAACAAGGAUUCUAGAAAUCAUCAUAGUCGAAGUUCUGAUUCUUAUAGAUAUUCUGAUCGAAAAUCCUCUAGAAGUUUGCAUGGUUACUCUAGGCAUGAUGAUUAUGUCAGACAUGACAAAUAUGCAGAUGAAGAAAGAGAUUAUGAGCGUUUAUCCUCUCGUUCUAAUAGGGAGUCAAAGGGCAGUGCUCAUUAUGAUCAUACACGUCGAGAGAGCGAACAUUCACGUUCGCGAGAAUAUUUUCGGGAUGUAGAAAAAGGUUCUCGUGAUAAAUAUGAUGCUUCUGGACAUAGAAGUAGGGAUGGGGAUUCAUUAUCUGAAAGACAUGGUUCUGGUAGUAGAAGGCACGCGAGCUUCGAAGAAAUGGAGAAACAUAGGAAUGCAAGAGAUCGAGAUGGUCAGGAUGAGAAGAGAGACAAUAUAAAGCAUUCUGGAGACUAUAAAAACGAACGGGUUCUCUCCCAUGACGAUGGUAGGGGGAACCGGUAUGACUCCCUCUUAGGAAGGGAUGAAAGUAAGCACCGUACAAAAGAUAUUAAUAAAAAUGAUCGGAAGGACCUUGAUGAUGAAAAGUCCUCUAAAGAGGAGAGGAAACAUGAUGCCAGAGAGACUCACUGGGACAAGGUCCAAGGUAAAGAAUCGAAGGGAAAAUAUGAUGGUAAAGGUGUUUUUGUUGAUGAAAAUCAAGGGUUGCCUGCUAAGAAACCCAAAUUAUUUAGCUCUGGAAAAGAAGUUAAUCAUGAAGAGGAUGUUAUGAAUUUUGAACAUGCAGCUGAUGAAAAUCAAUCUUCAACCUCUAAGAAAGAACAGGAUGGAAAAAUGAGUUUAGGACAGGGCCAAUCUGGCGACUCUGAUUUUGCUGCUGACUUCAGUGCUGCAAAAGUUGCUGCAAUGAAAGCUGCCGAAUUAGUUAAUAAGAACCUUGUUGGAGGGGGUUAUAUGACCACCGACCAAAAGAAGAAGCUGCUGUGGGGGAGCAAAAAGAGUACUGCCGUAGAGGAGUCUGCACACCAGUGGGAUACGGCGCUAUUCAAUGAUCGUGAACGACAAGAAAAAUUCAACAAACUCAUGAGUCUGAGGUUGCCUUGGUGCCUAUGGCCAAUUGUAGGGUGUGAAGGGCGAGGUGAAGAUGGAGUCCCGACCGACCAACCAAGAUGGCAGCGAACUUCUCCGUGCCGAAAAGCAAAAGGAGCUCCAGAUGGAUUUAGAAAAACAAUACACUGCUGGACUUCGCAGAAGAGAUGGUCGAACGGUUGGAUUAGGUCUUUAAGCUUAGUCACUAUAGGCUGUGGAUUAUUUCUGUGGUUUGAUGAAAUUGUUACGAGAAUCUUUUCUUUAUGUUGCUGCACAAGAGUUAUGUUGAAUGUGCUUUCCACAACCUUCAACGGUAUGUUCCUCCCCUCUUCACCUUGCUUAAAAACCAUAGAACUGUGGCCUUGUGCAUUUAUGAAGAUGAGAAAAUCAUCAGAUUAUCUCCAAUUCCUGAAUUUCAUGCUCAGUUUCUUUACAUAUGAGCUUGGAUUUCUAGUUUCUAUGUCUAUGAUGUCUUUGCAGGAAGUGAUUAUCGCUCAAUUGAUUUCAUUUCCUUUUUCUUUCUGUUUGUUUUCCCACAACUUACUCACAGAAACAAAUUUGUUAGAACUUUUAAACUUGGCGUGGAUUGUUAAAACCUUCACCAAAGGGCGAAGAACUGUUGAGUAGUGUUUAUAUUUUUAAUUUUGUAAAUAAAAAACCAAAUGAUCAUAAAAAAAAAAGGGUUAUCAAAGGGACUUAUUAAGAUCUGUUAUAACUAAUUGGAUUUUUGGUAAACUGGGUUAGGUUAUGAUUUUGAUUCUGCCUUUUUAGACCUUGAAAUUUUAGAAAAUUCCUACUGUUUUGCAAAUAAAAA